GAUAAUCAUUUCGCACUCUACUACGUUGACUGAGGUUGACGUUUGAUAUAAAAAGCACAAAAUUUAAAUAAUCUUUUCAGUCCGUAGAUAUUUGUCCGUGUGUUGAUGUGCUGUUGAUUAAUUUGUUUAUAUUUUAUUUAAUAUGUGUGGAAUUUUUGCAUACCUGAAUUAUCUCACCCCAAAGAAGAGGUCAGAGAUUUUGGAACUGCUGGUCAAUGGUCUCAAACGGUUGGAAUAUCGUGGAUAUGACUCAGCAGGUGUGGCAGUUGACGCCGCGAAUGAACAAGACAUUACCCUUAUUAAAAAAACUGGAAAAGUAGCUCUUUUAGAAGAGGCCAUUAAACAAGUGAGUGAUAAAUUGGAAAUAAACCGUUGCGUAGAAACUCACUGCGGUAUCGCCCAUACCCGUUGGGCCACCCACGGUGUUCCCAGUGAAGUCAAUUGCCAUCCCCACAGGUCUGACGAGUCGAAUACCUUCGUGGUGGUACACAACGGUAUUAUCACCAACUACAAGGAAGUGAAAUAUUUUUUGGAACAAAAGGGCUAUAGAUUCGAAAGUGAAACCGACACGGAGAUCAUUGCCAAGUUGGUUUAUCACUUUUUCAAGCAACAUCCCACUUUUUCUUUUAGGGAGUUGGUGGAAAAUGUGGUUCAGCAGUUGGAGGGAGCGUUUGCUUUAUGUUUUAAAUCCUCUAACUUCCCUGGGGAAUGCGUGGCCACCAGACGUGGUUCUCCACUAUUGGUCGGUAUUAAGACCAAAACCCGUUUGGCAAGCGACCACAUCCCCAUUUUAUAUGGCAAAGACGAACCUCCGCCCUCACCCAAAGAUGCAGAAAAUGAUCCAGACCAUAGACCGCAUGGACGUGGCGACUUCCCCGCUAUUCCCAGGACCGGAUCCACCGAAUUCGAACCAUUGGAAGACAAACAGGUCGAAUAUUUCUUUGCAUCAGACGCAUCGGCCGUCAUAGAACACACCAAUCGCGUCAUUUAUUUUGAGGACGAUGAUAUCGCCGCCGUAAGGAACGGCAUCCUAAGUAUCCACCGUAUAAGACGCGGAGGGGCCGACGAUCCCAACCAUCGCGAGAUUACCACUUUAAAAAUGGAACUGCAGCAAAUCAUGAAGGGCAAUUACGACUACUACAUGCAAAAGGAGAUCUUUGAGCAGCCCGAAUCUGUCGUGAACACUAUGAGGGGUCGCGUUAAUUUCGAAACAAAGACUGUAACCUUAGGGGGUAUCAAAGAACACAUUCCAGAAAUCAAACGUUGCAGGAGACUAAUGCUUAUAGGCUGUGGCACUUCAUACCACAGUGCCAUUGCCACCAGGCAACUGUUGGAGGAACUAACUGAACUUCCCGUCAUGGUCGAGUUGGCCAGCGACUUUUUGGACAGGACUACUCCAGUUUUUAGGGACGACGUGUGUUUCUUUAUUUCACAAUCCGGAGAAACUGCGGAUACUCUGAUGGCUCUGCGUUACUGCAAACAGCGCGGCGCUUUGAUCGUCGGCAUAACCAACACCGUGGGCAGCUCCAUCUGUCGGGAAUCGCAUUGCGGAGUUCACAUCAACGCCGGACCCGAGAUCGGUGUCGCGUCUACUAAAGCCUACACCAGUCAAUUUAUAUCUUUGGUUAUGUUCGCCCUGGUUAUGAGCGAGGACCGACUCAGUUUGAAAAAACGAAGAGAAGAAAUUAUCGAAGGCCUCAGUAACUUACAAGAACAAAUUCGAUGCGUAUUAAAAUUGGACGAUCAAGUAAAAGCCCUCGCCGAGGAUUUGUAUAAUAAAAAGUCGCUGCUUAUUAUGGGAAGGGGAUUCAACUUUGCCACUUGCUUAGAAGGUGCCUUGAAAGUCAAAGAGUUAACGUACAUGCACAGUGAAGGAAUCAUGGCUGGGGAACUGAAACACGGUCCACUCGCACUUAUCGAUAACCAUAUGCCCGUUAUUAUGAUCGUUAUGAGGGAUCCUGUAUAUGUUAAGUGUAUGAACGCAUUCCAACAAGUAAAAUCCCGUGAUGGCAAUCCAAUCCUGAUUUGUGAGGAGGGCGACACCGAAACAAUGUCUCUGGCCAAUCAGCACUUGGCCGUGCCAAAAACUGUCGAUUGUUUACAAGGAAUUUUAACUGUCAUUCCGAUGCAAUUGUUGUCAUUCCAUAUCGCGGUCAGACGUGGAUGUAACGUCGAUUGCCCGCGUAAUUUGGCUAAAAGUGUUACCGUUGAAUAAAGGAAAAACGUGUUCGAUAGACAGGGACCACGAUUAUUUUAUUAAGUUGUGCUGUUUCGGUUGACAAUGGAGUUUUAUUCAUUACUUCGCUUAGAUCUCUUGUAAGAUAAAUUGUCCGGCCUUAAUAGUAUUAACUCGUUUUGAGAUUUUAUUUUUUAAUUUCAGACAUUUAUUCCGCUAUUUUUAAGUUUAUAUUUAUAGAGAUUUUUAAGUCUCUAAACUGCUUUUUACAUAUUAGUAUCCAUAUUAUAAGUAUUACGUUUUUAUUGUAUUGAAAAUACAUCACUAAGUGCAAUAUUAGAAUAUUUACGAAAAAAUUCUUUUAUGGUUAAAAUUUGUUAUAUUUUUGAUAUUUUAUAAAAUUUAUUUCUUAAUUUAUUUUCAACGAUUUUUCUAAUAAAUUUUAUGUAUAUAUUUAAUAAA